AUGAGGUUCCUCCUGCUUUCCACUCUUUUGGCCCUACUGGUCGUGGGUCUGCAUGCCGAGACCACCACAUUCCCUUCCUGCGCUUUGGACUGCAACAAAGCAUUGUUCUCCGAGUGCUCACUGACUAGCAAUUCGACCUGUUUUUGCGAGAGUGACACCCGCCCGACCGCGCUGCUGAACUGUGCGGAAAGCAAGUGCACGACCAAGGAGUAUUUUACCACCAAACGACUCUAUGAACAGAAAUGUGACAUCACGCCUCUCAAAGGCCCCCGGAUUAUCCAGGGUGAAACUUUGACUCCUUUGAUUCUCGCGACAUUUUUCUUCGCCGCACGCUUGGUCGCCAAGAGCAGUGGCCUGGCUGGUGGAUGGGGAUGGGAUGACUAUACAAUCAUCGUUUCUUUCGUCCUCGGCAUAGCCAUUUUCGUCCUGAAUUGUUACAUGAUUAAAUUUGGCUUUGGACAGAAUAUUUGGGAUGUCCCAUUCGACGACAUUACCAAGUUCUACCAGACCUUCCAAGCUCUCGCUGUAAUGUAUAAGAUCCAAAUCUCGCUCGCCAAAAUCUCGGUCUGUCUCUUCAUGCUACGGAUCUUCCAAUCCCGCACGUUCCGCUAUAUGUCCUAUGUCCUCAUGGGCCUCAACGCUGCCACCGGUAUCACCUGGGCCUGUGUGGAUUCUUUCCGUUGCUUGCCGACACGUUUGACAUGGACUGGCUGGAUGAAUGAGGAGCAAGGGCAGUGUAUCAACUUCAUCACUUCCAUUCUGAUCAACUGCCUGGUCAACAUCUUUAUCGACUCUAUCUUGAUUGUCAUGCCUGUGUAUGAAGUGAUCAAGUUGCAGCUGCCGUGGAAGAAGAAGCUUACUGUGGCACUGAUGUUUGUUGUUGGCUCACUGCUUACCGUCAUCGCCAUUAUCCGAGUCGUCGUCUUCUGGAACAACCGCUGGGGUAUCAACCAAACUCUCGGUCUAUACCCGCUGAUUCACUGGUCUGUGAUCGAAACCCAGAUUUCCAUCUUGUGUGCCUGUCUUCCUGCAUUCCGAGCCCUCAUCGGUCGCUGGUUCCCUGCGCUUCUGGGAGGCUCUCGGGGCCGCACAUAUCCCUCGAACGCGGCGGAGUAUAUCAAACAAACCGAUGGAAACAGCAACAUCAACAAGUCUGUCACAUACUCGGUGAACUAUGCCGCGCGUUCGGACACGAACAGCGAGGUAGAGCUGGUGGACGUGGAUGCGAAGUACGUUCGAUAA